CUACAACAAAUCAAGCAAAGCCUGCAAAACUACAGUAAAUGCAUUUUUCUUCAUCUUAAAAGUAGUAGUACUACUUCUCUUCUCAUAAAAAGAAAGAGAUCAUAGCCCUUAGCUUUCAUCACCCAAAAAAACCUCAUUUCUGGUCCCCCACUCUAAAUAAGACCUCUCUUCUUCUUCAUCAUCUUCUAUUUCUCCUCUCCUCUCCCCUCAUUCAUAUAGUAAUCCUCAAAAACCCUCUUAAAAAAUUGAGCUAUGAUUCACUUCUUUUCUUGAUUUUCCUCACCUGAUUUUUCUUUUUGUGACCAAAAUUUGGUUGACAGGUAGCAUAAGAUUAAAAGGGUUGCCUUAAAUUUUGUCCAAAACUAAAUUGAUCAUGGAUCAUAUUAACCCUCAAAAACUCCAAAACCUUCCUUGGGAUGUUUCCAUGGCAAUGGAAGAUCUAUGGCCUAACUUUGGCUUUGAAAACCACCACAUUCAUAUUCCGUCUUCUUCUUCUUCAAUACCUUCCUCAACAUCAUCAUCAGCAGCAGCUAUUAAUAAUCACAUCUCUGAUUAUCAGAUAACAACAAACCAGCAUCAUCUUCAUCAUCAUCAAGCUGCUGGAGAACGGCAAGAAGAUCAAUCGGAAGAAGGGCUCGAAGAGCAAGAUGAGGAAGAACUAGGUGCCAUGAAGGAAAUGAUGUUCAGAAUCGCCGCAAUGCAGCCGGUGGACAUCGAUCCGGCCACGAUACGCAAGCCGAAGAGGCGAAACGUUCGCAUUAGCGAUGACCCUCAGAGCGUCGCGGCCAGGCAUCGCCGGGAGCGGAUCAGCGAAAAGAUCCGAAUCCUACAAAGGCUUGUUCCGGGUGGGACUAAGAUGGACACGGCUUCUAUGUUGGAUGAAGCCAUUCGUUAUGUUAAGUUCUUGAAACGACAAAUUCGCCAACUCCAAGCUAAUAGUAGUAGUAUUAGUAUUAACAGCAACAACAACAACAACAAUAAUAUUCCGGCAUCAUUUGCCGGCAUAAUUCCGGCAUGUAACCCUACUUGGACAUCUACAAUGGCUGCCAUUUCAUCAUCAAACAGGACCACCACCGCUACAGCCACUGGAAACUCGUCGGUUUUUGGGGUAUUUCAACCAUGAGAUGAUGAGCAAAGAGAGACUCAGAAAAGUUUACAGGAACUAAUGGCGUUUUAAUAGUCCUAGAUGAAUCAUAGAUCAAUCUCUACACUAUGAUUCUCUCACAAACCCUAGAGUUUUUUGAACUACUGGGAAUAUUGUGAAACUUUUUUCCUUCUUCUCAUUUUUCCGAUUCAAAACAACCUUAUCCCUAAUUGGAAGUGUGUUCAGAGAUGACAGAAAUGGGAGUAUCAAGCCUUUUAAAUUUUUCUUUGCUUAAAAUAAAACCUUUUAAGUUAAUAUUGAAGUGAAGAUGAUAUUUGUAAAUGAAAUCAAUGGCAUCCAUGUUUUUUAGGAAACAAGAACUUUAAUUCACGAAUUGAAAGAUGAAGGAUUUUGCUACACCACCAAAGAGAAAAGUUCAUCUAGCUUCCUAGAGAUGUAUAAUCUGUUUAUCAUCGCUUUCUUUUGAUUUCUGGAUUAAGUUUAGCUAAUGUGUAUACAGUAUAUAUAUCAUUGUUACUCGGAAAAGUAUGCCAGCAAGCUUGAUUAGGCAAUGUUUU